AUGUCUCAUCCGUUUGUUGUCCCAGACAGACCUCUAACAUGGCUCAUCACCGGCUGCUCAUCCGGGUUUGGACUAGCUCUCACAAGACUGGCGCAGAAACAAGGGCACACGGUGAUUGCCACCUCGCGCAACCCUCAAAAGACGCCGGACCUAGUGCACCUCAUCACGGACCUCGAGAAAGCUGGUACUUUGAUCGAUGUGCUAGUCAAUAAUGCUGGAUGGUCCAUCCAUGGCCCGGCAGAAGGUUUCACGGAAGAAGAGACGAGGGCGCAGAUGGAUACCGUAUUCUUCGGGCCCUACCGGUUGAUGAGGGCGGUCGCCCCCCUUAUGCGAGAGAGAGGCAGCGGUGUCAUCGUCAAUAUCAGCUCUGGGGCUGGGUUGGAGGGGAGAGAGUCGAUGGGCGUUUAUGCGGCUGCGAAAGCCGCGAUGGAUGGUGUUAGCAAAGUCCUUGCAAAAGAAAUGGCUCCGUUCGGUGUCCGCGUCUUGACGGUUGCGCUCGGUUCGUUCGACACGAAUAUGGGGCCGACGGUUAGGUUAGCGAGCAAGCCUACGCCUUCGGACUACGACGGCAGUGCUCUAGAUGCAGUCUUCAAGGUCAUGGCUGCAUCGGCAACAGAAGGCUUUCCUGCCGAUGGGGAUCAUGUGAAGGCAGCCAAGGUGAUAUAUGAAGUCAUUACCGGCACAGGAGUAGGUGAGGGCAAGGAGGGUGAGAGGAUGUUGCCUUUGGGAAGGGAUAUGGCGAAGAGAGUCGAUGAUGUCGUUGGAGGGUGGCAGAGAACCAUGGGCGUAUUCAGAGAUGUAUGCAACAACGUGUACUUGGAAAAGUAA